GCUGAAGUUAUGGGCGGUUCGCCCUUUAGAUCCGAUUAAGUGCUACCAGUGAGAGCUACGGAAAGUGUCUGCUAGCUGUCAGUUAGCUGAAGCGGUGGCACCGGAUGAGAAUGUUCCGUUUCGUUUGAAACGGGCGGUGGAUAAAUAGCUUUGUGUUGCUUUUUUGUUUGUUCAAAUAUAGAAGCUUUAUCCACGACAAUCCUGGGCAACAAAGGGAGAACUGAACGGAAAAACUGAAAUGUCAGGUGACGUCCACUAUUCAAAUAUGUGUUGACUGUGACGCAUAGUUAGCUAGUUAACUAGCCCUGCGACGGACUGUUGUGCCUGGCUAGCUUGAGUUACCUAGCUUUAAAAAACAGAAAGCGAUGUCACCGGGCGACAACCCUCACGUUUUACUGGGAAGGAUUCGGUUUCUGAACAAGUGCAUAGAAUGUUUCAGGAAGAGCGAAGCUGUGCCCGAGUGCCUAUGUUUCGUCCCAAAAGAGGUAUGUUAUAAAAUCUGCAAAGAUUCGUCAUCGAAUUCAACCGCUUCGUCUAGUACGUCCACCGCCAACUCAUCCGUCGGUAAGACCCUGGUUUCAGUUUGGGAGAGCCCACAUCAAGCUCUCCACAGUAAGAAACUAUGCAAGUGCAACAUCGAACCAAAGAAAGGGACAUGUAUUCGGACAACGGGGGAAGAGUAUUGCAACAGCCACGGCCUGUGGGUUAAAAUCAACAAGGAUCAGUUGGAGGAGCACCGAGUGGGUCAGGAGUGUGAGGAGGGCUGGGUCUUGGUCUGUAAACACACGGAGGGAGGAGACCGACUGGUACCUGUAGAAUCACCUGAGACACUCGGCAGACACCAGCAGCUCUUCGGAUAUGACCACAAGCCCUGUGACAGGUGGGAACAGGUGGUGGAUGUAGAGAGUUCUCUUCACAUCGGCUCUAAACCCAAGGUCGCGGAGCGUGAUGAAGCGGCUGUUCAGAAGCUCAGAUAUGUUCCUCCCACCUGGACGUUUGAAUAUGAUGAGGAUCUGGUGCACUACUUCUACGACCACAUUGGAAAGGAGGAUGAGAACCUGGGCAGUGUCAAACAGUGUGUCACCAGCAUCGAUGUGUCCUCCUGCUCAGAGGACCCUAGUGGCGGGGCAGGUUGCCUGACAGAUGGAGACACGGAGACCUACUGGGAGAGUGAUGGGAUGCAGGGACAACACUGGAUCAGACUGCACAUGAAGAGAGGCACCGUAGUCAAUAAGCUGAUAUUGACCGUUGACUCAACCGAUGACAACUACAUGCCUAAAAGAGUGACUGUGUUCGGAGGAGAAGGAGACAAUCUGAAGAAGCUCAGCGACGUCACAAUAGACGACAAUCUGAUUGGUGAGGUGUGUGUGCUGGAAGACAUGACGGCCCACCUGCCUGUCAUAGAGGUCCGCAUCGAGGAGUGCAGGGACGAGGGGAUAGACGUUCGGAUCAGAGGGUUGAAGAUCAAGUCAUCAUGUGAGAGAGACCUGGGGCUCAACGCUGACGUGUUUCAGUCUCCUAACCUAGUGCGUUAUCCUCGACUGGAGGGGACCCUGCCUGAUGUCCUCUACCGCAGGGCCCUGGUUAUACAGAGGUUCAUCUCGCUGCUGGACAGUCUCCUGCCCCACCUGGUUCCAGCCUGGGACUACAGCCUGGCCACCUUCAACCACAUCAAGAGUAUCAAGCCGUUCCUGCUGCUGUCGAAGCGUCGCUCGGCCCUCAUCACCCAGUGUCUGAAGGACUCCGAGACCAGCAAGCCCAACUUCAUGCCCCGGCUCUAUAUCAACCGUAGACUGGCCAUGGAGCACAGAGACAACCCCUCACUGGACCCUACUGCCAAGAACGCUGUCUUCACACAGGUGUACGAGGGUCUGAAGCCAUCCGAUAAGUUUGAGAAGAUUUUGGACUACAGAUGGCCGGCGCGGUACGAGGUACUGGGUAAUUUAAUCCUCACCGAGUUCCUAUUCCUCCAAGUGGGUCAUGACAUCAGCUCUCCCAGGGUGUUGGACCCCUGCUCCGUGGCCUUGCUGGCUUGGCUGAGUUUCUGGCUUCCCUUUGUGACAGGGCUGACCUUUGUCACAGGGGUUAAUGACAUUCUGGAACAGACAGAUAAGGUUCGGAGGGACCGGGAGACCCUGAGACAGUUCAUGCCGCCCUCUUCAGGCCCCGGGUCCAAGGCAAACGGACUGUCGCCACCCACCUGCACCCGAACGACGGUGGGGUCCCUCUCCUGCCCCAUCGCCUCGUGCUGA